CAGUAUCCCCCAAAUGUCAGGAUGGUACAGAUAUAUCCCCCAAAUGUAGGACAGUACAGAUAUCCCCCAAAUGUCAGACAGUACAGAUAUCCCCCAAAUGUCAGUACAGAUACAGAUAUCCCCCAAAUGUCAGAACGGUACAGAUAUCCCCCAAAUGUCAGAACGGUACAGAUAUCCCCCAAAUGUCAGAACAGUACAGAUUUCCCCCAAAUGUCAGGACAGUACAGAUAUCCCCCCCAAAUGUCAGAACAGUACAGAUAUCCCCCAAAUGUCAGGACAGUACAGAUAUCCCCCAAAUGUCAGGACAGUACAGAUAUAUCCCCCAAAUGUCAGGACAGUACAGAUAUCCCCCAAAUGUCAGAACAGUACAGAUAUCCCCCAAAUGUC